AUGCAGCGUGCUGAGACAGCAGAAUCAUGGACCGAGGUGUCACCAACUCCUCGUCGCCAUGGGGCUUUCUUGUCUGACAAGGAAAAUGUCCCAUUGCCUCGUGAGCCUCGUCCGUCAGAUGGUUGGCUUAGGAAUCCUGCAUGGAUUGAUGGAGGUGUUAACCCUCCUCGUUUCUACCAUUCACAUGCGGAAAUUGAGGAGGUUCGUCGUAACACUUAUCUUCAAGCUGAUGACAGUGACUUCGCUAUUGAAAAUGGUAAUCGCACACCUCUGGCCGCCUCUCAGGUCCUUCCGUCUGCAGUAUCAGGCGAGCAGAUCAGUGUAUCUCAAGGUAUAAUAUUUUUUAUUUGCACCAUGUGGUUCACUGACUAUAUUUUGGCUUCAUUAGAUAGUGCCGGUCACCUGGUAUCAGUCACUAUGCUCGUUUUGGUCGUCGAGAGGAGUUCAUCGAGCAAUGGUCGUGGAAAGUUGUCCUCCAAGAAGACGAAGACCAUCAAGUCUGAUCACGUCCGCAUCGAGACCAUGUCUCGUGUCGAGUUUAUUACAGCAUUCCUUCGUGUCCAUGAUCUCGAUGAUCAGUAUAGCCCUGGCGUUCAUUUUGGCCCAGCAUUCCGAUUCUGGUGGACAGGAUCGAGCGGCGGAAAGACAGGUGCUUUGACUAUCGAGAAUGAUCACGAUUUUGAUGUUGCUCGCACUGCUCUUUUGAAGAAAAAGAAGGACAGUUGUGUUGUGAAUGUAGAAUUCGACGUGGAUACCAUGGACGGCUUCAGAAUCCGAAAACAGGCUCUUCCUCAUGGUGAUACAGUCACUCGUCAGGACGAAGAACUUCUAUAUGGAACCAAGGUAGUGCCUCGUGUUGACUCAUUUUCAGAGGAGUCUCAGAUCCAUGGUGCUAUUAUCAUGCAGCUGAAGAACAAGUGGUCGUGCGAGAAACAUCUCGGCGAGCAUGGCGAACCUGGCCACUGCUACAUCGCCUCGACUGGCGAGCAUUUGGGAUUAAACAGUCGUAAAUUGAAGCUAUGGGCUGCUGCCAUUGCUGCUGCCGAUGCCACCAAGCAUGAGCCACCAAACACGGUUGACUUUGAUGUUCUACGUGAUGGUCGGCUUGAUGCUGUCAAGCCACGUGGUCGUACGGGUCCACGUUCUUCACUGAGUUCAACUGGCUCUCAGGAUGCCACGACAAUGCUUCUUGCUGCCAUGAUCCCACUCAUUACGGAACGACUCGCACCCCCAAGAGUUCCUGAGGCUGUACCUCUUAAUCUGCCAGUGCCUUCCACUCCGGUUCGUCCUCGUGAUGCUUCUCCAUUCUCCCCAACUCCUGCUGCCGGCACGGAAAUACAAACAUGUCUAGGUGAUUUCCUCAAGGCUAAAGGGAUCGAUAUCCUCGAUUCAGGAAGUAUUCUUUUCGACCUUGACUUAACUCCUGAUAUCGUUGGCGAAGUGCCAGUGGCUCAUCUCUCUGAUGUAAUGGAUGUUGUUGAGGGUCGAGUGCUGAAAUUCCAGAUGUUUGCGAGAGAGUGGAAUGACCGUCUUCAAGUUAAGAGGCGUCGUCUGCAGUAG